UUUGCUUAAUUUACGUUUUGGACUUCUUAAUUCUUAUCAUCAUUUGUUCUGUUCUGUUCUGCCACCACCGACUCAUACUCCUUCCCAAUUCUCGUACACUACAAACCCUUUCUCUUCGAUUUCGUUUCAUGGAAUCGCCGCAUUCAUAGCUCAAAAUGCAUUCCUUCAAAGACAAAGUUACACAGAAACUCUCUCAUCUCUUUCCCAACUCCUUCUCCUCCUCCUCCUCUCCCCAGGAUAGUCCAUAUUCUCAAGAGGAUAAACCUUUGUCUUCAUAUUUAUCUUACAUUAUCCCUUCAGUCAGCUUUGAUGGAUCGAAGACAAACAAGAAUCAACAUGAACUUAAACCAAUUCAAUCAACUUCUGCUGGAUAUAAUUAUGAGAAUUUUGAGUAUCAGGAUGUUCCAUCGGAUAAUUAUGUUGACUGUACUAACAUGGAUUUGUUGAAAGAUGAUAAUGAUAAUAUUAAUGAAGAUCCUAUCUCUAGAAGGACCAGUAGCAGUAGCAGUUCUGAGGUUUUUGAAGAAGCAAAUGAACAGCAAACUCCAAAUACUUCAAAGAAGUCUCGACUCAAUCUUACUGAUGACUCUACUUUUAUAUCUCCUGAAUUGUAUGAAUUUUUGGAAAUAUGCCUCCCUAAUAUAGUGAAAGGACGCCAAUGGGUCUUACUUUAUAGUACGUUAAAACAUGGAGUAUCACUUCGUACACUUAUUCGCAAGAGUGCUGAGCUUUCUUGUCCUGGUUUGCUGAUUGCGGGAGAUAUGCAAGGUGCUGUGUUUGGCGGGCUGCUAGACUGUCCCUUGAAACCUACAGCAAAGAGAAAAUAUCAAGGAACAAACCAAACUUUUGUCUUUACAACUAUAUAUGGUCAGCCAAGGCUGUUUCUACCUACUGGUGUCAACCGAUACUACUACAUGUGUUUGAAUGGCCUACUUGCACUUGGUGGUGGGGGUAAUUAUGCUUUAUGCUUAGAAGAAGAUUUGUUAACUGGAACUAGUGGACCUUCUGACACAUUUGGAAACAAAUGUCUAGCUCACAGUCCAGAGUUUGAGUUGAAGAAUGUUGAGUUGUGGGGUUUUGCACAUCCUUCCCCUUUUCAAGGCUAAGAUGCUUUUGUUUGGAUGUCCAAAAGAAGCGUCUCUUUAUUUUUCUUCUACUCUUUGGAUGUAGUUUAGUGGUUGAUCAAUUUGAUGUACCGUUACUGUCAGACAUGUCCUAAAUUCUUGGUAGUAUAUUUAUGCAUGAAAUUCCAUUUUCUAAAAGGUUUGGGUUUGUGAAGGCCAAAUGGUCCAAACACAAGGUUUUGUAGAAUGUGAGGUACGGAAUCCACUCACUCAACUACCAAGAAAAUAAAGCGCUAAUUAGGCUAUUUUACAUGCAAUAUUUGGUUUCCCAUGGCAUUAACCAAAGACCAGGUUCAGGUAUAUACAACAUGAGAAGUUUGUACCACAACUCUAGCUACAAAUAUAACAUUGGUUUUACAAUUUUGCCUGAGAAGCUAAAAUUAGAGGCAAGUCAUUUGGUGGAUGGUGUAAAGCAGUGUCACUACGCUCCCGCAAUGUAUUCAAAAUGGAUGUGGUUGUUUAUAGGUGGAAACUGGGUGGCUGCAUGACUUAAUUAACAAUAUGUACAACUAUCGAAUCGAGAUUGUAAUUAACAAUGUGUAAUGAAAUGGGUAUGUUUGAUCAGCUUAUGAGCUCAUAAUUUUCUUUUUA